AUGGCCGUCCUCCCGCUGCUCCUCUGCCUGCUACCGCUGGCCCCCGCCUCAUCUCCACCCCAGCCAGCCUCACCCAGCCCGUGUCCCCGGCGCUGCCGCUGCCAGACACAAUCCCUGCCCCUAAGCGUGCUGUGCCCGGGGGCAGGCCUCCUGUUCGUGCCACCCUCACUGGACCGUCGGGCGGCGGAGUUGCGCCUGGCCGACAACUUCAUCGCGACCGUGCGGCGCCGGGACCUGGCCAACAUGACUGGCCUGCUACACCUGAGCUUGUCCCGCAACACCAUCCGCCACGUGGCCGCCGGCGCCUUUGCAGACCUGCGCGCCCUGCGCGCGCUGCACCUGGACGGCAACCGGCUGACCUCGCUGGGCGAGGGGCAGCUGCGCGGCCUGGUCAACCUGCGCCACCUCAUUCUGAGCAACAACCAGCUGGCGGCCCUGGCGGCCGGGGCCCUGGACGACUGCGCCGAGACGCUGGAGGACCUCGACCUCUCCUACAACAACCUGGAGCAGCUGCCCUGGGAGGCGCUGGGCCGCCUGGGCAACGUCAACACGCUGGGCCUCGAUCACAACCUGCUGGCUUCCGUACCCGCCGGCGCCUUUUCCCGCCUGCACAAGCUGGCACGGCUGGACAUGACCUCCAACCGCCUGACCACCAUCCCGCCGGACCCGCUCUUCUCCCGCCUGCCGCUGCUAGCCCGGCCCCGCGGCUCGCCUGCUUCCGCCUUGGUGCUGGCCUUCGGCGGCAACCCCCUGCACUGCAACUGCGAGCUGGUGUGGCUGCGGCGGCUGGCGCGGGAGGACGACCUGGAGGCCUGCGCCUCCCCGCCGGCCCUGGGUGGCCGCUACUUCUGGGCAGUGGGCGAGGAGGAGUUUGUAUGCGAGCCCCCUGUGGUGACCCACCGCUCGCCGCCCCUGGCCGUGCCUGCCGGUCGGCCGGCCGCCCUGCGCUGCCGGGCGGUGGGGGACCCCGAGCCCCGCGUGCGGUGGGUGUCACCUCAGGGCCGGCUGCUGGGCAACUCCAGCCGAGCGCGCGCCUUCCCCAACGGGACGCUGGAGCUGCUGGUCACCGAGCCGGGAGAUGGCGGCAUCUUCACGUGCAUCGCGGCCAAUGCAGCUGGUGAGGCCACAGCUGCUGUUGAGCUGACUGUGGGUCCCCCGCCACCCCCUCAGCUAGCCAACAGCACCAGCUGUGAUCCCCCGCGGGACGGGGAGCCUGAUGCCCUCACCCCGCCCUCUGCCGCCUCUGCCUCUGCCUCUGCCAAGGCGGCUGAGGCCGGGCCCCCUACUGACCAUGGCGUCCAGGUGACGGAGCAUGGCGCCACAGCGGCUCUCGUCCAGUGGCCAGAUCAGCGGCCUAUCCCGGGCAUCCGCAUGUACCAGAUCCAGUACAACAGCUCAGCCGACGACAUCCUCGUUUACAGGAUGAUCCCGGCCGAGAGCAGCUCCUUCCUGUUAACGGACCUGGCGUCAGGCCGCACCUACGAUCUGUGCGUGCUGGCCGUGUACGAGGACGGCGCCACGGGGCUGACCGCCACACGGCCGGUGGGCUGCAACCGCUUCUCCACCGAGCCGGCGCUGCGGCCCUGCGGGGCCCCGCACGCGCCCUUCCUGGGCGGCACCAUGAUCAUCGCGCUGGGGGGUGUCAUCGUGGCCUCCGUGCUGGUCUUCAUCUUCGUGCUGCUCAUGCGCUACAAGGUGCACGGCGGCCAGCCCCCCGGCAAGACCAAGGCUUCCGCGCCUGUCAGCAGCGUGUGCUCCCAGACCAAUGGCGCCCUGGGCCCCACGCCGGCCCCGCCGGCCCCUGAGCCCACCGCACCGAGGGCCCACACCGUGGUCCAGCUGGACUGUGAGCCCUGGGGGCCCAGCCACGAACCCACGAGACCCUAG